AUGAUCACGUCCAGAGCUCAUCAGAUCGCUUCAACCUUAUCGACGCAUCGUCUGAUUCAAGAACAAGCGGCAGGACGUGAGAGAAUAUUCGACCUCGCUGAACGAGAAAACGGACGUCAGGGAAAGGGACCGCUUUGGGUGGCCACAGACCGACCGACUGACGGACCGACUGUCCACGUGAGUGCUCACUUUUAUAUCUUUCGUCUCAAGCAGAGACGGGAGGCGGUAUAG